UCCUCCCACUUUCCCUCCCUCCUCACCCCUCUGCCUCCUCCCUCAUGACGGAGGAGGCAGACUCCGAGCUGAAUUCUAAUGCGGCGUGGGCGAGGCGGCGGCGUUUCUGCUGCUGCUUGCUGUCGCGUGUGUGUGUGCGCGCGCGCGUGCUCGUGUGUGUGUGUGGAGCCGCGAUGGGAGGAUGCCGAGAGCCACGUUUAACACGCGGAGCUGCUGCUGCAUUGCCUUCACGAUGAAGCCGACCUCCUGGCCCCACGAUGCAGCUCGUGCCGUUGAGCUGUCGCUAGAGAGUGGGCGAGCGACGGGGAGGAGAGCAGCCGAGAGCGGAUGACGAGGAGAGACGCAGCGAGGCGGAACCCCGGGCUCGCACUUUAUCGACUUGCCCGCCCUGGCGAUGCAGCGAGCGGCUAUGGCUGCCGGCGGCAACACCUGAAGGCGUCCCCACGGCAGGCAACGCGCGCUAACGCUGCGUGCAUGGCCCUCGCUCUCGAGCGGUCGCCACGGAUUAAUCCAUCGUCGCCACAACCGUCGUCUCCCUCCGGCCUACGAUAAACUCAGAGAGCGAACGCCCCCCGCCCCCCCGCCCCCCGCCCCCCCCCGAAACGUCGGAGGGCCGCGGCGAUCGACGUAGGCCACGCAGUCGUGUUUUUUUUUUCCCUUCCGUUUUUCCUCCUCCCCCGAUAACGAAUAGCCGCCGGGCUAGACGACGGACGGGCGCGGCCAUGGCGGGAUACAAGCGGGGUCACGACGGCCAGAUGGCCGGCCUGUACGACCUGGAGCGCACGCUGGGCAAGGGCCACUUCGCCGUGGUGAAGCUGGCGCGCCACGUGUUCACAGGUGAGCGCGUCGCCGUCAAGGUCAUCGACAAGAGCAAGUUGGACGUGGAGGCACGUGCCCACCUCUUCCAGGAGGUGCGCUGCAUGAAGCUGGUGCAGCACCCUAACAUCGUGCGACUCUAUGAGGUGAUCGACACGGCCAGCAAGCUCUACCUGAUCCUCGAGCUGGCCGAGGGGGGCGACCUCUACGACUACAUCAUGCGCCACGAGGGGGGCCUGCAGGAGCCCGACGCCAAGCACUACUUCGCUCAGAUCCUGUGCGCCAUCGCCUACUGCCACCGGCUGCAUGUGGUCCACCGGGACCUCAAGCCCGAGAACGUGGUGUUCUUCCCACGCCUCCGCCGACUCAAGCUCACCGACUUCGGAUUCAGCAACCGCUUCCAGCCGGGCACCAAGCUGGCGACGAGCUGCGGCUCGCUGGCCUACGCCGCGCCCGAGAUCCUGCUGGGCGACGAGUACGACGCGCCCGCCGUCGACAUCUGGAGCCUGGGCGUGAUCCUGUACAUGCUGGUGUGCGGACACCCGCCCUUCCAGGAGGCCAACGACAGCGAGACGCUCACCAUGAUCAUGGACUGCAAGUACACGGUGCCUGCGCACGUGAGCCGGGAGUGCACCGAGCUGAUUGGGCAGAUGCUGCAGCGGGAGCCACGCCAGCGCGCCACGCUGGAGGAGAUCGGUGCCCACCCGUGGCUCGGGGGCACGGACCCGGCGCUGGCCACGCCGGCGCCCCUCACAUCGCACCGCAGCCUGUCGGAGCGCGAGCACAGCAGCAUCGUGCAGGGCAUGGUGCUGGGCAGCAUCGCCGACCGGGACACCAUCGUCGAGGCGUUGGAGGCCGACCGCUAUAACCACAUCACGGCCACCUACUACCUCCUGGCGGAGCGCCUCCUGCGCGAGAAGCAGGAGGGGGGGACGCAGGGGGCUCCCAGGUCGGGGGGCCCCGGCAGCAGCAAGACGCAGUUCAGGCAGUCGUGGCCGACCAAGCUGGACAAGGUGGAGGACGUCGAGGAUCUCCCGUCCAUGCGGGUGGUCCCGCCGCUCCCCAUGCCUCGAGCCGGCUCCACCAAGUGCAAGGGCCCCGGCCACAAGGGACCCGAGGGCCGGAGGGGCGAGCCCCGGAUGCCCGAGAAACCGGCGCGGGGGAGCAAACCCCCGCUGUCCUCCCUGGGGGAGGAGGACGAGGAGGCCGCGCGGGAGGAGCGGGCGGCCGCGGGCGCCGCGCAGGUCGUGUUCCGGCAGAAGGCCUCGCUCACCAGCCGGCUCACGGCCCGCAAGAGCGCGCCGGUGCUCAACCAGAUCUUCGAGGAGGAGGGCGAGUCGGAGGACGACGACAGGGACGGCGCGCCGGAGCCCCCCAAGAAGGCCGCGGCGGCGGCGGCGACGGCGGCGGCGGCGACGGCGGCGGCGGCGGCGGCGGCGGCGGCGUCCCCGUCGGAGGCCCCGCCGCACCGCCCGCGCAGGCAGCGCCCUCCGAGCCAGGGCCGCGGCUCGAGCUGCAGCAGCUCGGAGACGAGCGACGAGGACUCGGAGAGCUGGCGGCGGCGGCGGCCCGACGAAGGCGGCGACGCGGGGCUGGCGCGGACGCACGGGGACCGUCGCGACGACCGUCCUCCGCCCGGCAGCGGCGGCGGCGGCGGCGGCGAGGGCGGCGGCCUGCAGCCCUCCGCGCCCGGGCCGGGCGGCCCGACGGAGCGGGACCCCGGGGGCGCCGGCACGUCGCGGGGAGGCGCCGCCACGCGGCCGGGGGCGGGCGGCGGCGGCGGCGGCACCACGAGGAGGGGCGCUCCGGGCGACGGCGAGGGGCCGAUGGCGGGCGGCCCCUCGGACGGGGCCGAAGGGAAGGGCGGGCGCGUGCGCGGGGCGAGCCCCGUGCCCCGGGGCCUCUCGUGCGCGAACCUGCCGCGGGGGACCGCCCCCCUCGACGUGCCGUUGCGCGCGGGGGAGGCCCACGGCGGCCGGGCCCCGGGGCCCGUCAAAGUGAGCGAGCUGCUCGACAGCUUCCGCCUGCUCAACCUGUGCCUGUCGGGCCCGCUCGCGCAGAGCCGGCGGCCCUUGGCCCCGCGGCCCGAGGGCGCGUCGGGCCUCGUGGCCAAGGCCGUGGAGCUGCUGACGUGGGUGCGGGGCCUGCAGCACGGCGCGGCGGGGCCCGCGGGGGCCGCGGGCGGCUCCUGCAGCCUCCUAUCGGGCCUGGACCUGGCGGGGAGCCCGCGCAGCCUGGCCCUGGCCACGCCGGUGCUGUGCGAGGCCGCGUGCCCCCAGGGUCUGCCCUGCCCGUCCGAUGCGCAGUGCGCUUACAGCUCGGGCGCUGUCCCCUACUGCCAUGUCAUAUAG